GACAUCCCGGAUUUCAUUGGUUGUGUUGUGUUGGGAAAGGAAAAUUGUGUGUGCAAUUGUGUGAUAGUGAUAAAGUUUUUAUUAAUUUUCGCCAAUUGCACUCUGUAGUCUGUUUUCGGGAAAAGAGCUCUCGCCCAUCGUAGUCUACCGAAGCGAUUGUGCCGCAUGCUCAUAACAACCAUGAGUCCGCUAAUGUCCAAGGCAAUCUCUCUUUGCCAUUUCCGUCCACGGUUCAACUUGGUGGUUCGUUUGUUUUCGGUUUCUAUUUAUCACAACACACGCCUGGCUGAGGUGGGCAGACUCGAGCUGCCCAAGGCGCAGGGCAAAUACGAAACGGGCCAACUUUUCCUGCACCGAGUAUUUGGGUACCGCGGUGUGAUACUGUUCCCAUGGCUAGCCCGAGUGUACGACCGUGAUUUGCCGAAUCAAGCCAAAGGCAAUCAACUCGAAGGGGCCUCUUCCGAUGCAAACGAUAGCGGCUCUGGUGGUGGUAACACGGGCAAGGAAGUUCAGAAGAAGACGCACACCUUCUAUCAGGUGUUGAUUGAUCAGCGCGACUGUCCGUACAUACGCGCCCAAACGGAGGCGGUUACGUUUCUGGGGAACCAGGAAUCAAGCCGAAGUUUGUACGCAAUCCCGGGACUAGAUUACGUAGCGCACGAGGACAUACUACCGUACAGCUCUGGAGAGCAGCAUCCUUUGCAGCACGAGUUGUUCGAUAAGUUCUUAGCACACCAGCCAGACAAGGAUCCGCCGUUCGUGGCGCAGGAAACGCUUAGGGCAUGGCAGAAGAAGAACCAUCCAUGGCUGGAACUGUCGGACGUGCACAAAGAAACGACGGAAGGCAUACGGGUAACGGUCAUACCGUUCUACAUGGGCUGCAGAGAAACUCCAGCAGCGUCGGUGUACUGGUGGCGCUACUGUAUUCGUUUGGAAAAUUUGGGCGAACUUAGCGUGCAGUUGAGAGAGCGACAUUGGAGAAUAUUUUCCCUAUCUGGAACACUGGAAACUGUUCGAGGACGGGGUGUAGUCGGCCAGGAACCUAUCUUGAGUCCGCGACUGCCCGCGUUCCAGUACAGCUCGCACGUCAGCUUACAGGCACCAAGCGGCCACAUGUGGGGAACGUUCCGCAUGGAGCGCGAAGAUGGCCACAUGUUUGAUUGUCGUAUUCCACCGUUCUCACUGGAGAGCAAGCCAGACGAUAACAGCGGAAACGGUAGCAUCGACGACGCGAACACAACGCUUGGCUCGAAACAGCCAUCAGGCGCAAGCGGUGGCGGAGACGACUCGACACCCUCUUCUACCACAACGCCAACGAGCUCCACGAAACCAAAUACGAAAAACAACAAAAACGAUGGUGAUGACGCUGUUUGAUCGUGAGCAGAGCAAAUUUGAUCGCUGAAAAGUUAUCUGCUAAGACAUUAUGAGAACCAACCAGUGUUAGGGCCAUAAUUAGGGGACGCGCAUGCUCAGUCAGAACUCAUGUAAAUAAUCCUAUAUCGUUAAAUUUAUUGAACUGCAAAGCGAAUAUAAACGUAUGUUAGGACGAAA